AUAGCAGCACACGAGCCAGCGGGCCGGACAGCUGAGAAGCAGCAGACUUGUCAUUGCCUGCAAGGACCUACCGCCACAGCCUAUAGCCAUGGACUGGCACGUGACCGUGAAGAUGCUGGCGGGCCAGGAGUUCCAGGUGCCCCUGAGCAACUCCAUGCUGUUGUCAGCACUGAAGCAGCAGAUCGCCCAGAAGACUGGCGUGCAUGCCUUCCAACAGCGCCUGGCCAUCCACCCAGGCAACGUGGAGCUGCAGGACAAGGUUCCCCUUGUCGAGCAGGGCCUGGGCCCAGGUAGCACGAUCCUGUUGGUGGUGCAGAGUUGCGACGAGCCCCUGAGCAUCCUGGUGAAGAAUGACAAGGGCCGUAGCACCACCUACCAGGUCCAGCUGACGCAGCCCGUGGUUCGCCUCAAAGAGCAGGUGUGCCAGCAGGAGGGCGUGCAGGCCGAACUGCUGUGGCUGAGUUUCCAGGGGAAGUCCAUGGAAGACCAGGUCCUGCUGGGGGAGUACGGUCUCACGCCUCUGUGCACUGUGUACAUGCAUCUGCGCCUGCGGGGUGGGGCCGUGAGGCAGGGCCCGAAGAGCUGAGCUGAGAGACUCCCCGUGUCUGGGCCCGAUCAAGGACUGGAAAUAAAUAUUGGUGCAAAGAGCA